AUGACGCCUCUGAGUCAGCUGAGUGGCAACAUCAACUCCACCUGUGGGGUGGAGAACUCCACAGGUGCCAGCCGGGCCCGUCCACACGCCUACUACGCACUCUCCUACUGCGCGCUCAUCCUGGCCAUCAUCUUCGGCAAUGGUCUGGUGUGUGUGGCUGUGCUGAAGGAGCGGGCUUUGCAGACCACCACCAACUAUCUGGUGGUGAGUCUGGCCGUGGCAGACCUGCUGGUGGCCACCUUGGUGAUGCCCUGGGUGGUGUACCUGGAGGUGACAGGUGGAGUCUGGAACUUCAGCCGUAUCUGCUGCGAUGUUUUCGUCACCCUGGAUGUCAUGAUGUGUACAGCCAGCAUCCUGAACCUCUGUGCCAUCAGCAUCGACAGGUACACCGCGGUGGUCAUGCCAGUCCACUACCAACACGGCACAGGACAGAGCUCCUGCCGGCGCGUGGCCCUCAUGAUCACGGCCGUCUGGGUACUGGCCUUUGCUGUGUCUUGCCCUCUCCUCUUUGGCUUCAACACCACAGGAGACCCCACUGUGUGCUCCAUCUCCAACCCUGACUUUGUCAUCUACUCUUCAGUGGUGUCCUUCUAUGUGCCCUUUGGAGUGACCGUCCUCGUCUAUGCCAGGAUCUACGUGGUGUUGAGACAGAGGAGACGGAAACGGAUCCUCACUCGACAGAACAGUCAGUGCAUCAGUGUCAGACCCAGCUUCCCUCAACAACCACUCUCCCCUAGCCGGGCCCACAUGGAGCUGAAGCGCUACUACAGCAUCUGCCAAGAUACUGCCCUGGGGCAGCCAGGCUUCCAAGAAGCAGGAGGGGAGUUGAAAAGGGAGGGGAGGACUCGAAACUCCCUCAGCCCCACCAUGGCACCUAAGCUCAGCUUAGAGGUUCGAAAACUCAGUAAUGGCAGGUUGUCGACAUCUCUGAAGCUGGGGCCCUUGCAACCUCGUGGAGUGCCACUCCGGGAGAAGAAGGCAACGCAGAUGCUGGCCAUUGUGCUUGGGGCCUUCAUUGUCUGCUGGCUGCCCUUCUUUUUGACCCACGUUCUCAAUACACACUGCGGAGCCUGCCACGUGUCCCCAGAGCUUUACAGCGCUACUACGUGGCUGGGCUACGUGAACAGUGCCCUCAACCCCGUGAUCUAUACCACCUUCAAUGUGGAGUUCCGCAAAGCCUUUCUCAAGAUCCUGUCUUGCUGA